GACACUUCUGGCAGACUUGAAACAAUUCACAAAUCAUUAGUUUGUUUUGCCCUUUCCCUUGUUUCUACUGCACCUAUAAAUUAAGAAGAUUGGGGAAUCUGUUGACCCAUCUGGAAAAGAAAAGGAAGCAAUACACUGCUUCCCUUAAAAAUUUCUUCUACGAAGCAGAAGAGAAAAUAGGGAAAGCUUUCAUAGACCACAGCUAACAAGCAAGACAAGAUACUGUCAGUGGAGUUCAAAUGACCUUAAAAAAAAAGAAGGCGGGGGGGGGGGAAGGAAGUCUAGCUGCAGGUUGUUCAUGCAAGUGGAGGAGAACAGUGGACAGCAUGCAAAUAGGAGGAGAAACUAAGCAAUGGAAGAAACUUUUGAAUAGGAUUACAAUGAUGACCAAGCAUAAGAGAGAUGAACAAGGAGGGAAUGAUGAACAGAUGGAAGAGGGAGGAUAAAGCAAAGAGCAAAUAUAGACAGUGUAAAGACAAAUCAUUUAUUACAUUGAGGUAACUAAAAAUAUAUAUAUAAGUCCCAUCCUACCAUUAGUUUUUUAUGUAGGAAAUUUUGGUGAGUUGCUAUAGAGAUAGGUUUAUAACUGUGAAACUCAUAAGAGUGUCCACAACCUGACAUUGAUAAUAAGAUUCAGACUCUUUUUUAUCAUUUUUAAUUUAUAUAAACAGAAUAUAUAUCUAAUUACAAUGCUAAUAAAUAAUUUGAAAAUACCAUUUUACAGCAUGAAAGCAACAGAAAAAGAAUGUGUUGAAAAAGAAAGCAAUGUUUUAAUAAUUUCUGAGUUUGAAAGUAAUAUUUUAAUGAUCUUUCAAUUCUAAUAACUUCUGGUAUUAUUUAUAAUGAUUUUUAAUGUAUUUACAUUUAGAAAUGCUAAAUCAAGUGUCCUUUUAAAACGGCACUGUAUGUAUACACCCAUGCUUUGUUCCUUCCCAACAGAUGAACCAUUCAGGAAAAGAUGACAAAUAUUUCUUCUGUAAGAACUAAUUUUAAUCUCUUAAAGUGAGACUUUUCUUGGCUCUUUAUCUUAAUUGGACUUGUAGGUAGUAGAAUAGUAUUCUAGUUUGAAAAUAUCUAUUCUACACCAUAGAAAUUUUCUGAAUGAUAGUUAUUAUUUGCUGAUUUCACAUGAAACAUCUAACUGAAGAGCCAAAUGCUGUAGACAUUUAACAACCAGAACAAUUUAGAAGAGUGCCAAAUUAAAUUUAGCAAGGAAAUUAAACAGAAAGAGUAUAAUGAAUCAAACUGGAAUAUGGUCAGGACAACACCUCCAUAAGAUUUGAAUUGUAUGCCUCAUCCAAAACGCUGCACCUGUGCAAGAAGACUAUUUCUUGCUAUUAAGCUAAGGCACUACAUUAAAAAAAUACUUGAACCACUAAAAAUAGAGGGGUUUUGCUCAUGCGAUAUAAGAAUGUUGUCCCACUAUCUUCUCUCUUGUUUCUACUAUGGUACCAGAGCAAAGAGAGUACUGUUAGCACAUGCUGAUGUACAAGGAAUAAAAUUUUGAAGAUGCCUUUCUUCCCAGUUUGCCUUUACACUAACAGUUAUUAACUUGUAUUCAGUAUAUAAUUUGUAAAAAUUAUGUAUUUUACCUGUUUUUGAAAUUAUAAGAUGGGAACUUACAGAUAAUAAUACAAUAAGGUGGACCAAACAAGGUGGUAAAUAUGAAAAAGUUCAUAUUACUGACCAAACUGUAAGCUUAUGUUAAAAUACUGGCAUGAGAUUCUUACAAAAUUUUCACAGGUCCUGAAAUAUUUCCUAUAAGCAUAUUUCUUAUAUCCUAUUUUUCAUAUUGCAUAUACGUAAAUAUAUGAAAAAUAAAACCAUUCCAAUGUGGGUAGUGUAGCAUAAACAUUAUAUGUUGUGUUUUGUGUAGGAAUAUUGCUAAAUUGGUAGACGUGUGUCUUAAAUUCUGCAACAUGUGAAGGAAAAAAGAGUGGAUGUCAGUAGGCCGAUUAAAGGUAGACCAGUCACGAUGCUUCAUGGAAUUAAAUAUACUAAUCAGAUUCUGAGCUUAAGGGACAGAAAUAGAAAAAGAAGUGGAGCAAGACUGUGAAUAGUGUUGCUCCCUCUUUUAUCUUUACUUUUCAUGUAUGCAAUUUUAUUAACUUAGGCUUUGCAGACAAAACUGACAUUUUCUAAAGCAUUUGCCCAGGUAAGUUGAGUUAAUUGUUAUUUUUCUCAUUUGCUUUAACUAUUAAGAGUUAAAUAACCAGUAGUGCUUUUUUUGCUUCAGCAAUUGGAAGGAUAUGUGUAUACAGCACGUUGUUCCUGACCGGGGUUGACAGUGCAGAAGUGGAUAAGUGCAAAGGAAAAAAAAUGUGAACGUGUUAUCCUAUUAAGCCAUAGCAAGGCAGCCAGCCCAUCCUUUGUUAGCUUAGAAAACCAAACUAUUCACAGACAGUCCAUAAUAGCAAGUGAGUAUCUGAGAAAAAUGAAUCUUGGCUCAUAGUAAGUAUAAAUACCUUUUUAUUUUAAAUAGCAGCCCUAAGUAUCGGGUAGUAUUUUGUAGAUACUUAAUUGCUGUAAGUCAUCAUAGCUUUUAUAAAAUACAGAAUUUCUGUAUUGUUUUUACACAGUAGAUGCAAUUUAUUCACAAACCUAAACUCAAGUAUAAUUUGAAUUCUUUAAAUAUGAAUAAUAGUGUCCUAAAUAGAAGGGAUUUUGAAGAUGGACUUUUGGUUCCUAAAACUGUAUGUCAUCUUAUUUCCGAAAAGGCAGGGACUUAAAAUGUAGUAAUACAUAUUUUAAGAACUGAAAGCCUGGCUAAACAAAUUUCAAUUUGUUAUUUGUACUGUCUUUGUCUGCAAAGACUAUUUCAGAUGUGGAAGGUGAAGAAUGCUAUGGUAAGACUACAGGGAUAGGAUAUAUUAGUAAAGAAGGAGUUUUACAUACUGCUGAGUAGAGAAGCUUACAAACUGAGUUUGCAGCACUUAAGCUUGGAUAGCUGGGGUAGGGGACUGGGGGCAGUGUCCUCAUCCUGCAUACUAGACCACUCCGAGAAAAGUAGUUUUCCUCUUUAAGGAGGGAAACACUGGUUCUCUCCCUCCCAGUUUAGUGAAGAAACAUAAACAUUUUCUCAGCAUACCUACACUGAACUAAAAACAAGCCUGUGAAAUAUUAAACACUCCCUUUUUUGUUAUCCUUUGCCCAAAUAACUCCUAUGCACCAUAAAUGCCUUUCCUCUAGAAAGUGACCUUGGAAACUGCAUAGUCAGAAAAUAAGGUAGGAUAAAUUCUGUUUCCCCAUUAUAGAGAAUGGAAAACAAAACCUGGAAGCUAGGAUCAAUUUUUUUUUCUUACUGCACUUUAUAAGAAAUGAAAGAUUUUUCUCAAUCAUAAUUUAUAUUCUGUAGUCACACAGAUGCUCUCAAAAUAACUAGCUAACUCACUUCCAAAGAAAAUUAAUUAUGACAAUAUACAACUAUUGCACAGGUUUCUCUUGAUAAGCCGGGUUUCAAGUGAAAUAAAAGAGGUUUGUGAUUUACAUUAUUCUUAUUGCAGUGGGAUUAACAACUCUGAAAUUCAAAAAAUGAGCAUAGGUCGGCUUGACAAUGGAUUGUAGUACUUUGUUGGUAGUACCAUCUUUUACCAUAGAAUUUAUAUUUCCUACUAUUGGAAACAGCAGUGUGUUACAGUGACACUUCUACUAAUUUCAUUUCCAUUUGCCACAUGACAUCUGAAGUGCAUUUCACCUACCUGUUCUUAUGGUCCAUGCUGACAAAGCAUGAUUUAUGUGCUGAAACAAAAACAAAAGUGACUGAGUGCAAGAUACAAUGCCAGUAUGACAAACUCACUGACAAGGAAAGGGCUGAUCCAGCUCCUGUUCAAAUUGGCCGUUUUUCCUUUGGCCUCAAAACAGGAAUAGGAACAGUCCAACAGUUGAGACAACAUCCAUGGCAAUUCAUGAGGAAAAUUUUAGUAAGGACAAAAUGAUUUUAUCCAGUAUAACAGAGAUACAAUGCACAAUAAAAUAAGCUGUCUAGGCCAGUUGUAGAAACUUUAUUUUAUAUACGCAUAAUAAAUACAUGAACAUCCAUUAUAUUGAACUGAUACCACUGAAAAAUGUGAUCAGUAACUUGAAGUAUUCAUUUUACAGAAUUCAUGUUAAAGUCAUCAGGUGGUUCAUUUAAGGGUCAUUUACAGCACAGAGGCUGCUUAUUUCUCCUUUUCUUUGGCAUAUAGAAAACUGCAUAUUUUUAAAUGAGGGUAGAAAUGAACUACUUCGAUGCAGAAAUGACACAUCUUCAAAUAUGAAAUGAAUGUCUAGUCUUAAUAAUACAUUAUUUAUUCUUGUGGACAAGGACUCAGAAUAAUUAAACAGAAAGCAAAAUUAGCUUAGUAAGUAGGCAGGAGCUUUGAUUUAGGUUUAUAAGAAAAUGAAUUUUACAAAUGGUUUUGGCAGAAGUUAAGAAUUGAAACCUGGACCUAUACCUUUUCUUCUCUGCCUAAAAAAAGCAGAAAUACACGUGCAUGUAAAAACCCAUGAAGGCUGAACUAUAAUUUUUGUAUGCAUUUGCUGGCAUUUGCAUUCUCAGUAAAAAUAAUCUUGAGAGCAGUUGACUGACUGCUACCUUAUUAGCCUUUUUAAAAACUAAAGCAAAGAGCAAUCUGUGUGCAGGAAGAUCUUUUAAAUGUAAUAGCCAGAAUGGUAUGCCAGCUAUUCCUCUAAAAAAGUCAGUCAAAACCUAUUUCACACUAUUUGUCUAGUGUCACUUCUUGCUUACGUAAGGGUCCAAAAUAAUGCAAAAUCUUAAUUCCAUGGAGUUUGAAUUUCCUGAAUGUGCUCCUUUAGAGCACAAGUGAUGUUCUUAGUUGCUUAGACAAUAAUCUUUCUAGAGAAUCAGAAAUGCAGUAGAAAUACUAUUGACUGGUGUUUGCUUAUCUUUUGAUGAGCUGAAAAAGCAAGAUCUUGAUUUGAUGUGGUUAUUAAAAAUUCUGCAGCACAUUUCAGGAAAUAAAAUGGUUAAUCACUGGAUCUUAGUACAAUACCGAUUGCUGAGUAAUUUCACUUAUCCAUGCUUUUCUAAGUAUUUAAUUUGGAUGUGCUAUUCUCAUAUCUAAUUGGGUACUCUCAGAUAACUACCAAGUUCCAUCUGAAUGGAAGCUGAUUCUUUGCAGCCACAUAAUUCAUGUAUUAAUUAACUUUGUGAAAUGCUUUAGGGUCUUGUUACUCCUCCAUAUAUAUAAAGUGGCUGCCUGCUUCUUUUUUUUUUCUUUCUGCAGAACGAACAAAUGUUCUAAACAUUUUCCAAAGACAUUUUGGCCUCCUUUUGUUUGUUCUCUGGAAAACAUAAUAGAGGAAAUGAUAAACAAAUGAAAAUAAGAUAUAUACCAGCUGAGAGGGAGAAUAAGAAACACCACUAAGAAAGACAGAAAAGUGGAGCGCAGAUGCCUUCAGGUUUUAGAAAUGAGUAGAAAAAGAAGAAAAAGCUGCAAGAGCAGAAAAAGCUCUGAUUCCAGAGAAUAUGAACAAUUGCCACCCAUUUGUAAAUGCCAGCAAAAUCUAGAAAGCCUUGAAAAUAAAGUAGAUGAGGAGCUGGCUCACUUCUCUGAGCCAUCAGAUGUAAAGGGUUCUGAAGAAAAUGGAAAAGAUCAUGAAAAUAAGAAUCAGAGUAGCUCAGAUGCAUCUGAAGAUAGAGACCUUGAUAAUGUAUCAGACAGUGAAAAAGAAGAAAAGAAGGAAAAGAACUGCCCUCCUCAACUGUUCUCUCCUCAGCAAAAUGUAAUCCUAGCUACAGUAACUUUUGGUGAGUCAGAGGGCUCAUCAACAGGAAAAAUUACACUGUGGGGCAAACCAGACUCUGCAAAGUCCAUUAGCUUGGCCACAGGAAAAAUUACUGCAGAAGUAAAAUACAGUUCAUUUAAUAUGAAAGUUGAAAUUAAGAACCUUUCUUUGUUUGGUACGGGAACAAACCUUCUAGUCAAAAAAAGGAAAAGUUCAAAGAACAGUAAACGCUGUCAUGAAAGACGAUUCCAGAAAAGUCAGUAUUCAAAAUGUCCUAAAUACCAGUGUCCUUCAACUAACCAUUCAGUUGAUGACAAUGAGAAAUAUACGGUAUCCUCUAAACAUAAAAUCCAAACUGCCACUAACAAGGAUGCCUCCCUGAAAAUGAAUAUUGAAGGAAAAGAAAUUAAAGUGAAAUAUACCAAUAGAAAGAAAAAUCUAAUGGUUAACAUCAGACCUGGUGAACAGAUACAUAGCAAAACCUGCAACGGCAACCAUGAAGAUAUGUAUUGGAGUGAAACAGAUUAUUCUGUAACAGAGGCACCUUGCAAUACAGAUUGUGAGUCAUAUUUUAGCCUUCAUGAAAAGGACAACUGUACAUUCCUGGAUGGAUCCAUACUUCUCCCUCCACCUGAAGAGUUUGCUGACUAUGACAAAAUGCAUUUGGAUACUAUUUCAGAGGGGGUGUCUUUGUACUCUGAUAAUGACAGAAGAGACUCUGACAGCCUCUCUGCAGCCUUGAGAAUUUGGGAAGAAGAAAAUUAUUUCUGUAAACAUAACAAAAAGGAGUAUAAAGACCACACAAGUGAAAAGGAAUAUUUUUCAAAAGAUAAAACAAUUUUCUCAAGUAUGCAUAAUAGAAAUAUUCUAGAUAGUAAUAUCUUGAAUAAGCCAAACUUUGAUAAGGCACUCAUCAAUAAGAGCAGUGGAACAGGUCAAGAAAGAAAUGUCAGCGACAGUGGCAGUGACACUGGACAAAAAGCAGCAAGAAGAAAGUCUUUCCCAGAUACCACCCUUGAUGUACUAUCACCAGUUCAUCUUAGAAGGGAUUCUGGCUUUUAUUCAUUGCCCUCCUUAUCCUUAAAAGUAUUACCUAAGGAGGCCAAACCAGGAGAUGUUUACAGCAAGAACGCACACACUCAUACCAGCGAUACAGAACUUUGUAGGUGUCCUGACUUCACCUCAUCACUGAGAAGUUUGAGAAGUCUUAAGUCUUCAUAUCAGUACGCUUUCACCUCAUUUGAUCAUAAUAUUACCAUUUAUCCAUCUGAAAGUCUAGAUGAUACUUGUUUACUGAAUGAGUAUGCAAACUAUAUAGGGCAAAGUGAAGAAACAUUAAUAAAGACUCUUCAUUCCAGUGAUCCUAUAAAUGAGAAACAAGAAAAUAAACAUGUGGAGCCUCUGAGAAACCUAGCCAUAAGGGAGGAAGAUACAGAGUCUACCAAAAGCAUGUUAGAUGAAGGGACAUCAGAGUACAAUCAUCUAGAAAAGCAUGUAGAUUUGAAGAACAAAGCUCAGCUGACACAGGUCUCUUCACCUUCCAGAAGCCCAUCAGGUGAGCUUAUUAGUGACAAGGAAAGUACUGAUGAUGCAGCUACCAAAUGUGUCCCAACCCACCUUUUAGCUUUACAGCCAAACGUUCAGCUAUCCCCUGCAAAGCCUGCAGUAACAAAGAAAAGGAGGGGAUCAGUAAUGACUGUAAUAACUGGAGAGCUAGAACAAAGACUUAUCAUCCAAGGUGACAACAAGUUGAUACCCGAUUCCUUUGGCCCUGCAAUAAGAAAGGAGCCUAAACUUCCCUGUAGUAUACAAGAGGGAAGCUUGUAUUCUGAGGAGCUUGACACGGAAAAUGAAUUAGAAAGCUUGUCUGAGAUACAGGACGUGUCUGAGAACAUCCCUGAUGAAGCUAAUUGCCAUAAUGAUUCAGCACAGGCUGCCACAUUAUCUACUUCUUCAGCAUAUGCAGAAAAGAAACAGAUUUUCACAGAACAUUCAUGUAUCAAGGAAACAACCAAAAACCUUUGCAGCAAACAAUUAUCCGAUGAUAGCUUAAGAAGAGAGCCUGAAGCCCAUCAGCUACAUCAGUUAGCCAAAUCCAACUCUGAUGAAACUGAGAAAAAGACUGAACUGAAGGAAGAUUUUCAUCAGAAUACAGAUAUCCCCACAUCAUCAGUAAAACAGAUUAGUCAGAAAGACUUGAAAUCAGAAAUGAAUAAGACCAGAAAGCUACCUUUGUUGAAAGACACCAGAGCCAGCGAUAGCUCCCAGGAAGAAGCAAUAGACCAAUGGGCCAGGAGACGGAAACAGUUCAAAGACAGCAAAAAAUGCAGUUCAGCUGGAGGAAGCUCCAUAAACAGCACAAUCACUGAGGGAUCAGUGAAUUCAGAGGAUGCCCGGUCAGUAGAUCUGGGACUACAUUCUGAAAAUGAGGACAGAGGUUUCUAUACAGAAAACUUUCAUUCUGCUUCUUGGGUUUUCAGAGGAGAUGAUGUCUCUCCCAAUAAUAGUCCUAGAUGUCUCAGCAAAAGGCCUAGACCAGUGGCAAUUCGUGAAAGAACAGUGAAGAUUGCUAAAGGAACUGGCAAUUACCCAUGGGGUUUCCGAAUCCAGUUCUCAAAGCCUAUCCUUGUGACUGAAGUUGACACAAACAGUGCAGCUGAAGAAGCAGGGCUUCAGGUAGGGGACAUUCUGAUAGCAGUCAAUGGAACGGAUGUCACCAGCAUGCCACAUUCAGAAGCUGCAAAUCUGGCAAGGAAAGGUCCCGAUAUCUUGACUAUGGUGGUGGGAUCAGAUAUCAGCCGUUACCCUAACACUCCCAGGCCCACCUGUCGGGGAUAUUUGCACAAACGAACACAGUCAGCGAUACUGAAGGGAUGGAGGAAGAGGUGGUUUGUGCUGAAACAUAAUGGGCACCUCCACUAUUACAGACACAAGAAGGAUGAAGGGAAAUGCAAGCCCCUAGAAGUAACUAAGUUGGAAGGAGCGGAAAUUGGAGUUGAUACCAGUCUGGGUAAACCAUUUGUUUUUAAGUGCAUACCUCAAAGUGGAAACAGGAUUUUCUACUUCUGUGCAACUUCUAACCAAGAAAUGAAGAGGUGGUUGGAGGCUAUGGAUAAAGCAGUGCAUCCUGUCCAUCAGAACCACGUAUGGGUAGAUGUCACACUGCAUAACACCACACUGCCACCCUUGGCUAUCAAGAACCCGGAGUGCCUCGGGCUCCUGCACCAGCUAGAUAGAAACAAGGACGUCUGGGUUCAGCACUACUGCAUCCUGAAGGACGGCUGCUUGUAUUUCUAUGCCACUCUUCGCUCCACACCGGCCCAAGGUGGCCUUUAUCUACAGGGCUAUAUUGUGAGUGAACAGUCUUUGGGCUCAAAGAGAUCUGUAAUUGAGCUCAAACCUCCAUCUGAAGAGUUUAAAACCUUCUACUUAUGUGCAGAGAAUGUGAAUGAAAAUAAAAGGUGGAUUACAGCUUUGAAAGCUUCAAUAAAUAAAUGGUUACCCCUACACCAGGCAAUUCAAGAUUUCAUGAACAGACCACUGGAGGAGACAAGGAUGUAAGAAGAAAGGUCAUUUUCCCUCAAUUUCUGUUUUUCAUUUAAAAUUUCAUGCAAUGUCUUAUAAUGACUCAUCUCAAAAGACACUAGCAACAGGUAAUCUUUUGCAUUGCUAUACAUUCACAUCUUCUGUCAGCAUUAGUAAAUAAAAGCAAAGCAAUGUUGCCUU